AUAAACACGGCCUCUUCCAUGUCAGUGGAUGGGACAUGGACCAAACUAAAAUAUGUCUGUAUACAAAUCAGGCAGGCCUGUUCAACGCUGCUCACAGCUUCAGUUGAGGAGGAUUCAGGUUUGAUGGGAACAGACACUGAAGUCGUUUCUCAGACUCUGUUAAAUGAAGAAAUUCACAGUUUGUACAAAACACAAGUUACUUCUUUGUUUUAGGUUUAAUCUAACACCUUCUGGCUCAACAUGCAUGUAAGUGGAAAGAGGAAGGAAGGGAGGUGGGUGUGUUUAACAGUUUAAAUUUAUCUUUCUCUUACAGAAUCUGUCUUUAUUCUCAGACUCUUCUGUGUUGUAGGUAGACGUGUCUGUGAUGUGACUGAGUUUCAUCUUGUGCACAUUAUUUAUCUGUGGACGUUUUUCUUGUUUGAAGUCACAGACGAGAGCAGCAGCUACUAUGAGUGUAACUGCAGCAGCCAGUGGAUUUGUUGUCCUUCUUCUCACUGUGACAGUGGUACAGUGUGAGAAUGGCUGGGAUGUGAGUUACACUUCUACUGAGAUCUGUGCCGUCAGAGGAUCAACAGUGGACAUUACCUGUACCUACACAUACCCAUCCACAUUUAAUAACCAUGAUACUACAGUUCAGGAAACUUUCUGGUUCAUUAAAGAGAGUAAUGGGAUUCACGUUGAUCUAAGGACUGAUCCGGAGUAUUCAGGUCGUGUGGAGAAUCUCUGUGGAAACAACAAGUGCACUCUGAGAAUCUCUAACCUGAGAGAGAGCGACUCAGCUGUGUACAAGUUCAGGUUCACAACAAACCAAACUACUGGGAGCUUAACUGGUUCAGCUGGAGUCACUCUGUCUGUCACUGAUUUGCAUGUGCAGGUGAGAGAAUCAGUGAAGUAUGACUAUUCUAUCUGGGCAGAGCUCAGGUGUCAGAGCAGUUGUCGUCUUCCUGAUCAUCUGAACUACGUCUGGUACAAGAAUCAACAGAAGAUGAAGGAAGGAGCAUCUUAUACAGGUUAUUUUUAUUCUGAAGACAGAGUUUCCUGUGCUGUUAAAGGACUCGAGGAUUUCCGCUCUGCGUCAAUGUUGGUGAGGAGUCAGAUUGACUGGGGUGUGAGUUACACAUCUACUGAGAUCUGUGCCUUCAGAGGAUCAACAGUGGACAUUAACUGUACCUACACAUACCCAUCCAGGUGGAAUCACCUUGAUACUACAGUUCAGGAAACUUUCUGGUUCAUUAAAGUGAGGGAACAGAUUUACGAUGAUCUAAGGACUGAUCCGGAGUAUUCAGGUCGUGUGGAGAAUCUCUGUGGAAACAACAAGUGCACUCUGAGAAUCUCUAACCUGAGAGAGAGCGACUCAGCUGUGUACAAGUUCAGGUUCACAACAAACCAACCUCGAGGGAGUUUUUUUGGUUCAGCUGGAGUCACUCUGAAUGUCACAGACCCUCAGCUCCAGGUACAUGUGAGGAGAUCAACAGCCAAUCCAUCUUCUACCUGGACAGAGCUGACCUGUCACAGCAGGUGUCAGCUCCCUGAUCAUCUUUCCUACGUUUGGUACAAUAACAAUAAACCUGUUGGACGGAAAAAAUACUUUCACCUCCGACACUUUAAUCCUGAAGACAGCUAUCACUGUGCUAUAGAAGGACAGGAGCGGUUCCCUUCUCCUACAUUGUACUAUCCUUCAGAUGCUCCAAAGCCUCCCUCUGUGUCAGUGAGUCCCUCUGGUGAGAUCAGGGAGGGCAGCUCUGUGAAUCUGACCUGCAGCAGUGAUGCUAACCCAGCAGCUAAAUACACCUGGUACAAGAGAAGUGGAGAUAAACAAGUUCAACGUCUCAGUGAAGAGACACAAUUUGUCCUCAGCUCCAUCCGGUCGUCAGACUCUGGAGAGUAUUACUGCACAGCUGAGAAUGAGCUGGGAAGGAGUUCAGCAAACAUCUUGAUUACUGUGACAUGUGAGUGAAACACAGAUUAUUAAGUGAAGAUAUAU